GUGAUCGCGUCUCACAAGCGGUGUGCCUCAUUUCAAGAAAGCACAACAAACAUUCCCCAACACCACAAACAUGGACCGCUGGGUAGGAAAGGUAGCAAUAGUAACCGGUGCUAGUUCCGGAAUCGGUGCAGCGACCGUAAUAGCCCUUGCCAACGCCGGGAUGAUCACGAUCGGGCUUGCGAGGCGAGUGGAUCGCAUUAAAGAGCUGAAGAAGCAGCUCACGGCCGAGGCGGCCGGUAGACUCCACGCGUUCCGCUGUGACGUCACCAAGGAGGACGAUAUUCUGGUGGCGUUCAAGCACGUCGAGCAAGUGUACGGCGGUGUGGAUGUGCUGGUCAACAAUGCCGGUGUUGCCCGAAGCACGAUCGGUGUGUUGAGCGCGAAUAAUACACAGGCUCUGCGCGACGUUAUCGAUACGAAUCUGAUGGGUUUGGCCCUCUGCAGCCGGGAAGCGUUCCAGUCGAUGAAGAAACGUUCGGCCGAUGGACAUAUCCUGCAUAUCAACAGCAUCCUCGGCCACACGGUACUACCGAUGGGCACGCUGAAUGUCUAUCCGGCGUCCAAGUACGGCGUGACGGCACUCACGGAAACGAUGCGCCAUGAACUUCGGUUAGCGGAAACCAAAAUCAAAGUCACGAGCAUCAGCCCGGGUCUGGUGCGAACGGAGAUUAUCGGCGACUUCGCGGUCGACACAGUGCCGAUUCUCGAGCCGGAAGACAUUGCGGACGCGAUCCUGUACGCGCUCGGCACGCCGCCCCGUGUGCAGAUUCACGAGCUGACCAUAAAACCGGUUGGCGAAAGUAUGUAAGGCGGUAUCGGCGAACACCGCCAGCAUCCACAAUCGUCCACGCACGGUUACCCGGUUUCGCGUGUACGUGUAUGGGUGUUGCAUAUUUUGGGAAUUCGAAAAAAGAAAAUGAGAAAAACUCAAGCCUCAAAAAUGAAAGAAUAAAUAAAAACGCGAGAAAAAAAACCCCUGAGUGGUGAAUUUAUAUGCAACGAGAAGGGAAGAUUCUGCUGAAGUCGGUGCGACUUUCUAUAGACGUUUCUUCA